CGGCGGCGGGGGCGCGUCGGGGCUGGAGCCGGAGCGCGCCGGGCUCAGGGCGCAGCGAGCGGGAGCGCGGCGGCCGCGGGCUCCGCGGAGGGACGGACGCACCGGUCGCGAGAGGGACAGACACACGAGCACGCCGCGCCGCCCCCCCCCCGGUCCCCACCCGCUGGCGCCCACGCCUUCCCCGCGCCGCCUCCUCUGUAUGGCACAAACUUUCCUCCCGGGACGGAACACGCUGUCUCCGGGAGCCCGCGCCCGCGUCUUCUUCUCGGCUGGUCCUGAACGGUAGCUGCUGAGAUGGGUUGUGGAUUGAACAAGUUAGAGAAACGAGAUGACAAACGGCCCGGAAAUAUCUAUUCGACUUUGAAGAGGCCUCAGGUGGAGACCAAGAUCGAUGUGGCCUAUGAGUACCGCUUCCUGGAGUUCACCACCCUGAGCACUGCGGAGCUCCCGCGCUCCUCGGCGGUGAGGCUGGCCUCCCUGCGCGACCUGCCCGCCCAGCUCCUGGAGCUGUACCAGCAGGGCUUUUCGCUGGUGGCUCUGCAUCCUUUUGUGCAGCCGAUCCAUGAACAGGAGAAGACACCCCUCGAGCACAUCUUCAGGGCCAUUCUGAUCAAGAAAACCGACAGGUCUCAGAAAGCUGAUCCCCACAAUGAAGGCUACAUCUUGGAAUUAGAUUGCUGUUCCUCAUUAGACCACCUGACAGACCAAAAAAUCAUCCCCGAGUUUAUUAAGAAGAUCCAGGAGGCUGCGAGUCGGGGCCUGAAAUUCGUCGGUGUCAUACCUCAGCACCGUGGCCCCGUGAACUCUGCAGGCAGCAGUCCCCCGGGGGAAGCCAGAGAUGCGAAAAAGGAGCCGGGCGGGUGUGGGGAGAAGGAGAGCCCGGGGGCUGUGGACGUGUGCAGUGCUCCAGGACGGAUGGAUGGAAGCGCAGAGCCCAGCCAGGGCUCAGGAGAGGAGGCGCCUGGCGCCCGGCAACCCAGCUUGCCCUCGGCAGAGGGGGAUGGUGCUGGAUUGUCACCAUGCGGGGUGAGCCAGGCUCUGGAUGGACAGGAUGGUGACCCUUUGGAAGUGCAUGAAGAGCCACUCUCGGGAACAGAAAUGGAGAUCUUCGCCCUUUUCAACAAACCGAAGAACCAUCAGAAGUGCCGGCAAUACUAUCCUGUCACCAUCCCUCUCCGGGUCUCCAGGAACGGCCAGAUGGUGAGCAGUUUGGAUGCCAACUGGUUGGAGCACAUGAGUGACCACUUCCGGAAAGGAGGCGUGCUGGUGAACGCGGUCUUCUACCUUGGCGUGGUCAACGAUUCCUUACACGGCUUGACAGAUGGAGUAUUCAUCUUUGAAGCUGUUUCCACAGAAGAUAGCAAAACCAUGCAGGGCUAUGAUGCUAUUGUUGUCGAACAAUGGACGGUCCUGGAAGGCGUCGAGGUGCAGACAGACUACGUGCCCCUGCUGAACUCUCUGGCGGCCUAUGGCUGGCAGCUCACCUGUGUGCUACCAACUCCUGUUGUCAAGACGACCAGGGAGGGGAAUGUGUCCACCAAGCAGAUUGUCUUUCUUCAGAGACCGUGUCUACCUCAGAAAAUGAAGAAGAAGGAAUCAAAGUUUCAGUGGCGUUUCUCCCGAGAAGACAUGCACACCAGGCAGAUGAGGAAAUCCAAAGGGAAGCUCAGCGCCAGAGACAAGCGACAAGCAGAAGAGAAUGAGAAGAAUUUAGAAGACCAGUUUUCCAGAGCUGACGACGUGGGAAACUGUGUGCUGGGUCUGCAGCAGGAGGAUGGGGCCCCCGAGGAGAUGAAGGUCCCCAUCCAAGAGGUCACGGGAGAAGAGCCACAUCCUGACAGCCGGCUCUGUGUGGGGGGUGAGGUGGUGCAGAACGGUCCUGCCAGCCACUGCAGGGCCCCGGAGGGGGGCUGCUGUGGGCAGUCUGGUCCCGAUCCUGGAGAGGAUGCCAGGGAGGGAGGUGCUGAGGAAGUGGCUGCAGAGCCUGCUACAGCAGAAGACAACUGAGUCUCGAGCAGUUGGCGCUGAAGCCUGGUGAGGUGGCAAACCUGGGGAACCCUGCCAGCCUCCAGGUUAAGGGCUGGUUUGCCCUGGUGUUGUGUGUUACCCUUUGGCUUGGCUUGACCUCUCCUUGUGAGCUCACCUGCGCCCUCCGAGGGCCGGGUCCCUGACAGUGUUGGUUUCUGCACAUCCAUUUGAAACGUGUCAUAUGCCCCAGUGUUAGAAUGCAAGAGGGCAGGUUAAUGCUUCUAGACCCGUGGGAGGGUCUGGACCAUCCAGUGCCUGUGUCCACCCCCCAGGGCCUCCAGGGAGCAUUGGGAUAAUUCCACGGGCCUCCCUGGCUACAAACCAAGGCUGUUGGUUCUUCAUCCCCACACUCUGCUGCUUUCUGCAGCUACUUGGUGAUUAUAAGACCCCUGGAGCCCCCACAGCUGCCCUUCCCCACCUAAACUCCUCGGACCCUGCUGCUUUUGCAAAGAAAAUGACGUUGGGGAGGGGAGGUGCCCCAUCCUGGCUUUCCUCAAAGUAUUCCCAUAAAGACUGGUCCUCUGGAAAUGAAGAGGUAAUUCUGUUUGUGCCCCUGCUCUUGCAGAAUGUACAAGAAAGUAUUCUGUGUUAGUAUUAAUGCCAAAAACUUUUUUUAAAGAUUUUGUAUUCAGGACAUCAUAUGAACACGCGUUCUUUCUGUCACUUCAGGGCAACCCGACUGGUUGGGAGCCCGUUCUGUGCUAUUUUAACUGGUGUAUCAUUGGCCAGGUUGUUUCCUAUGUCUGCUGUCAUGUGCUUAUGUUGUCGGGAGAGUAUUGUGAAGGCUUUAAGUAGAUGCCACUGGUAAACCUUGGAGAGAGAAUGCCGAGUGUCUUGACCAAAACAACAGCCUGUCUCUUCUCUUUCUCAUUUAGUUACUUAAAGCAAUAAAUCGUUGAUGAGUUCAGUA